AUGGCUCUUAGUCUAACUGUUGAUGAUGUCUCUUCCAUUUCAAAGGAAAAGGAUGUGUGGAGAGUUACUGUGAAGGUGGUGCGGAAGUGGAUGACUCCAAGUUUCGAUCGCUCAAAACUUCCUAAUUCGAUGAAGUUGGUUUUAAUGGAUGCAAAGGGUGAUAGGAUCCAUGGCAUAGUGCAAAGGACUCAUGUUUAUAAGUUUAAUCCUUUGUUAGUUGAGGGUCGAAUCAGACACUAUGUGAUAGGGAUCCUUACCGAGCAGGAAUUUGAAAAAAAUCAUCAAGUGCGAAAGAGAAUUACCAUAGAGAUUGAACAAGAAGGAGUGAAAGUUGAGUGUGCAUUUUUUGGAAGCUACGUCAUAGAGCUACUCUCUAUUUUAUCUUCACGCGAUCUGACCGGCGUUGUGGUUUUAAUCCAGUUUGCAAAAAUCAAGCCUUUUAGAGGUCAACAAAGCCUGCAAAAUGUAUAUGGUGCAACACAAAUCCUCUUUAAUCCUGAGAUUUCUGAAGCCACUGCUGUGAGGGACAAGUUUUUCGAGAUGAAUGAACCUGGAUCUCAGAUUCUUACUCAAUUGUCCGACUCUUCAAAACCUUCCCUUGAUGAAGAGUUCUUAAAACUCUCAGAGAUGAAAACUUUCGAGCAGAUCAGAGCCAUGGAUGAGGGUAAUGACAUUGCUACAUUGGUCAUAUUUGACAAAGAAGCGAGUGCUCUUCUUGAAACUACCUGUGCUGACUUGGUUGAUUCGUCAACAAAGAAUCCUGCUGGCUCUUGCUCUACAACUCCUGCUGAAUUACUUAAGUUGUUGGAAAAGACCUUUCUCUUUACGAUUGAAGUUAGCAACACUUCAAGCUCCAGGUUUGAGCCAUCAUAUCGUGUCAAGAAAAUUUGUGCAGACCCCGACUUAAUUGCUCAAUUCAAGGAAACUCUCCCUCCUCCUAAUGACGACACUGCUCCAUUGUUGUUGCUAGAAACACCUACAUCUGAUGAGAGUGUUGAAAACGCGAGUUCCAAGUUUGUUGUUGUUGCCAGUGGUGAUGUUGUUGAUCUGGUGACAAACAAUGUUGUUGAUCCUAACAUAGAAAAAGAAGAAGUACCCCCAUGCAAGCGGAGCACUCACUCGGAGAAUGAAGGAGUUGGUUCAGCUAAUAACAAGAAGAAGCUGAUCAAGAAGAUUAAGAAGGAGAAGAAUUGA